ACAGACCCGGAAGAAAGCUUGCAGCUUUGUUGCCGUCGCAGCAGCUCAGCUGAUAUUUUCCCCCAAAACAUCAGAAGCGGUGUCUGACUGUAGCUCAGCCUCUCCAGCUGUUGUUGUUGUUGUUGUUUGUUUGUUUGUCUUGUUGUUUCCUCUGAGUGUCGUCAUCAUGAACGUGACGCUCGCGGUGAAGCAGUACGUCUCUAAGAUGAUCGAGAGCGGCGGGAUGAAAGUCCUGCUGAUGGACAAAGAGACGACCAGUAUAGUGAGUGUGGUGUACACUCAGUCAGAGAUCCUGCAGAAGGAGGUCUACCUGUUUGAGCGGAUCGACUCUCAGAACAGGGACAACAUGAAGCACCUGAAGGCCAUCUGCUUCCUCAGACCCACCAAGGAGAACGUGGAACAUCUGAUUCAGGAGCUGAGGAGACCAAAGUACAGCGUCUACUUCAUAUACUUCAGUAAUGUGAUCAGUAAGAGUGAGAUCAAAGCUCUGGCGGAGGCUGAUGAACAGGAAGUGGUGGCUGAAGUCCAGGAGUUUUAUGGAGACUUCAUCGCUGUGAAUCCUCACCUGUUCUCCCUCAACCUGCACGGUGUGGCCAGGGGGCGGAGCUGGGAGCCCUCCAUGUUGUCUCGCUGCACUCAGGGUCUGACGUCCGUCCUGCUCGCUCUGAAAAAAUGUCCGAUGAUCCGUUACCAGCUGUCCUCUGACAUGUCCAAACGCCUCGCAGAGAGCGUCAAGCAAAUCAUCACAAAGGAGUACGAGCUGUUUGACUUCAGGAAGACCGAGGUCCCUCCGCUGCUGCUGAUCCUCGACCGCAGCGACGACGCCAUCACUCCUCUGCUCAAUCAGUGGACGUACCAGGCGAUGGUUCACGAGCUGCUCGGUCUGAACAACAACCGCAUCGACCUCUCUCGAGUUCCGGGGAUCAGCAAAGACCUGAAGGAGGUCGUUCUUUCUGCUGAGAACGACGAGUUCUACGCCAACAACCUGUACCUGAACUUUGGAGAAAUCGGCACCAACAUUAAAAACCUCAUGGAGGAUUUUCAAAAGAAGAGACCAAAAGGACAACAGAAGCUGGAGUCCAUCAGUGACAUGAAGGCGUUUGUGGAUAACUACCCUCAGUUUAAGAAGAUGUCGGGCACGGUGUCUAAACACGUGACAGUGGUCGGCGAGUUGUCUCGUCUGGUUUCAGAGCGUCAGCUGAUGGAGGUCUCCGAGUUGGAGCAGGAACUGUCCUGUCAGAACGACCACUCCAACGCCCAGCAGAGCGUGCGCCGGCUGCUGCAGAACCCCCGUGUGUCGGAGCUGGACGCCGUGCGGCUCGUCAUGCUCUACGCUUUGAGAUAUGAGCGCCAUAGCAGCAGCAUCCUCCCGUCUCUGAUGGACGAGCUGAGCCGGAGGGGCGUGUCUGAACGACACCGCAGG